UUAAACUGUGCAGCAAAAUGCUAAAUUUAUUAGUUAUUUUGGCUCUUCACGUGGAUGCCGUAAUACUCGUAACUGCAUUCGCAGAUACUUAAAAUGUUUCUCAAAAUGAUACACCAUAUGACGACAUGUUGCUAAAACUGAUUGUUUACUGCAGAUUGUUGUUGCUGCAAAAUGUAUUCCCAUGCUUGGUCCAUGGUGCUCCAGUAUCAGUAGACAAUUUCAACAACGUCAUGACUUUAUUAACAGCUUGGGAAGAUGGAAAAGAUCCGGAAUUUGAAUCAUCCGCUGCUGCAUCAGUGAUGCCGUCCUGGAAAGAUAUUUUGUGGCUACCGGAUGACGCCUCUUCGAACAGGUUUCAGGCACCAGGUUCGGCCACUGGUCGAAUGUUUAGCAAUAACUACUGGAACCAAAGCGGCAACUGCGUUCCAUACGCGAUCGCACCCGAUUUUGACGCUGAAGCACAACAUCUUAUAAGAACGGCGUUGUUGGCCAUAGAAAAUGCAACGCAUGGCUGCGUGAGGUUUAUAAAGCGAGAGCAUGAAAAAGAAUUUAUUUCGAUUCAGCAUAAGCCAGGAUGCGCGGCUGACGUCGGGAGGACACCCAGGAGAAUCACAAAAGUCAUACUGGGAGGAAAUUGUUUGUCUCCAAGAACAAUAAUACAUGAAAUUUUCCAUGCAUUGGGAUUCUACCACGAACAUAGCCGUCCGGAUCGAGAUACAUAUGUCACUGUCAACGCUGCCCCGAGCAAUAUCGAACGAAACGUUGAUCUGCGGAAUUUCAAUAUUCUGCCUGAUAUGCCGGUAUUUAAUUUGCCAUACGAUUACGAUUCUAUAAUGCAUUACGCACCCAGUGAUUUUGCGGCUAAUCCUAAUGAUCCUAAUGGAGCGGUCAUCAUGCCCAAAGUCAACGGAUCACUGAAAAUUGGCAAGCGAGACCAGUUGAGCGUUCUCGAUAUUGCUAGACUAAAAGUAGCUUACGGAUGCUUGGAUGCGAAUCUCGGACCCAUUCGCAAAACUUUUCCUAACAACUGCAAAAUGACAGUAAAGGUAGCGGAACGAGUAGAGGAACCAGUUGUCAGCGCUGUUCGUCAUCAGCAUUCGCCAACGUCACGAAAACCUAAAGGGUCAAGACUCAGAGAAUUAAACGAAGUUCCCAGGUAUGUGGAGGACAAUAACGCUGAAUCUCCCUUUCUCCCGGAGUUUUCGGAUAAAUUAAUGACCAAUGAGCAAUGUGCCGCCCAAUUCACUAGCAACUGUUCGCCCGUGCAACGUAAAAAGGCCGCUUGCGCGAGAUUCCGAGGUCUGGAGAUACAUUGCUAUAAUACAGCAACCCUCGAAGAAAUCGCACAAAUAACGGCUGCGGUAUCCAGGCCACCAAUUCGAGCAGUGCGAAUCCGUUUAAACGAUGGCCCACUCAUUACGUACAGGAACUUUGUCCGCGUAAGCACCCAGGUGGUCCAGUUCACACUGUCAUUCUGUCGCGGUGCACGAGCCUCCGCUGCGGAUAAUCUUACUGGCGCAAUCAACAAUCCGCACACUGGAAGAGGGGACCUUUACGAACCUGAGGAGUUUGGAGGUGUUGUCGCUGGAAUAUGGACUGGAGAGUCUGCUGCAUUUGCGACCGCGUUAUCGUGA